AUGACUAAAGACCAAUUACAAGCCGAAUUAACAGCCAAAGUUAAACCUGGCAUCAAACCGAGCCAUUUAAAAAGAAGUAAGAGUGUGGGGGAAUUGCCCAGCAAUACUGCGGCUUUUAAUAAAGACGGAGCUAUUCCCACUGCUCCACCCGUUCCCUCCUUAAAUAAUACCGAAUUAACGGCUUGCCAAGCUGAGAAUGUGGCUUUAAAAAAGCGAAUUCAAGCAUUGGAAGAAAAAGAAGUUUUUGUCGAGGCUCCGGAAGAGAAUAUUAGUGAAUUAAAAACGCAAAUAGAAAAGUUAGAACAACAAAUUCUGGAACUCCGGCUCAGUAAGAUUAAAGAGUUUGGCGAUUAUUACCAACAGAAACAAUCCUUAGAGAGUGAAUUAGCCAACCAACCAGUUGCAAUUACUCCCCAAAAGCUGACCACUACUAACUACUGA